CCGGGUCACGGCAGAGCUGGCUCUCACGUGCAGGAGGGGAGGUCUGGCCUACAGGAAUGAUCGCCAAGACCCAACAAGUAGACAUGGGCCUUGGGCUCCCAGAGAAAAAGAAGAAGAAGAAGAAAGGGGUCAAAGAGCCAGAGAUUCAGUAUUCGCUUUUAAAAGAUGAUUAUUUUACUGAGGCUUCUCCUCGAAGAGCCACAUCCCUCUCUAAGAAUGUGGUCCAGGCACCCGAAAUGCCUCUAGUGAAGAAGAAGAAAAAGAAAAAGAAGGUCCUCUCUGAGGACCACCUGGAACCUGAGACUGUGUUGCGGGCCAGACGGACAGAAAAGUCGCCCAGCUCCAGGAAGCAGGCCCUUGGCCUUGUUGAGUGCCACGGCGGGGAGAAAAAAAAGAAGAGGAGGUCCUUGUCAGCUCUGGCUGUAUCCCAUGGCCUGGGGGUGGAGACCUCGCUGAACCCCAGACAAGGUGAGGAGGGGACCAGAGUUGGCAAGAAGCUCAAAAAGCACAAGAAAGAGAAAAGGGCCCAGGACACCGUGGCCUUCUCAGCCCAGAGCCCUUGGCUCUGUGAGGCUGGGGAUGCUCGGUGCGCUUGCGCGCUAGGGAAGGACGCUGAGGAGCCGGCAACCUCGGGGCAGAAACGGAAGCAGGGGAGCCCCAGGGAACACCACGUCAAGAUGAAGAAGAAAAAGAAAAUCUACCAGGAGGGAGACUUGCCCCUGGGCCACCUUGAGGUCUUCAGGUCCACGGAGAACAGCCCUAGGAAAGGAAGUAAAAAGAAGCCAGCCAAAGCCGAGGUUCUGGAAUACAUCCCGAUAGGAGAUGACCCCAAAACUUCAGUGAAGAAGAAGACCAAGUCUAAGAAGCAGGCAGAGCAGCCAGGCAUUGAGGAGCCAGCUCUGAAGAGGAAGAAAAAGAAGAAAAGGAAAGAGAGCAGGAUAGCAGAAGAAUCUUGUGAGGAGGAACCAGACCCAGACUUAGAAGUGGUGUUGGAAAAGAAAGGCAACAUGGAUGAGGCGCACAUAGACCAGGUGAGGCGAAAGGCCUUACAAGAAGAGAUUGAUCGUGAGUCGGGCAAGACGGAAGCUUCCGAAACCAAGAAGUGGAUGGGAACCAAGUUUGGCCAGUGGGACACUGCUGGUUUUGAAAACGAGGACCAGAAACUGAAAUUCCUCAAACUGAUGGGUGGCUUUAAAAAUCUAUCACCUUCGUUCAGACGUCCCCCUAGCAUGAUCGGAAGGCCCAACAUGGCGCUCAACAAGAAGGCAGCUGACGCCCUGCAGCAGAACCUGCAGCAGGACUAUGACCGGGCCAUGAGCUGGAAGUACAACCGGGGAGCUGGCCUCGGCUUCUCCACAGCCCCAGGCAAAGGCUUUUAUAUUGACAGGAAUGCUUCCAAGUCGAUUAAGUUUGAAAAUUAAACAGCUGGGUCUUGUUUAGGGGGGAAAAAAAAGCCAGAAUUGCUUUUUUUAUUCAGUUAUGCCGAUGAAAGCUACCUGACAGUUGUCUCAAAUUGAACUGCUGCAAAGAUUAAGGACAACUAUCUUGAUGUACUCGAAGGAAGUGGGGUGGGGGAAGCUCAUGUUUCAGGAGUCAAUAACAUCGGGGUGGCUAAAAGCUGCUAUUUUCCGUGCUAAACAUUCCAUCUCUUUGAAGACACCAGCAUGUAUCAGUAAUGAUAGCUAACAUUUGUUGGGAGUCUCUGGAUGGUGCAAAUGGUUAACACACUUGGCUGCUAACCAAGAUUGGAGGUUCAAGUCUACCCAGAGGCGCCUUGGAAGAAAGGCCUGGUGACCUGCUUCCA